CGCACAUCUCUCCAGAGGCGCACGGAGGCUCCGCGCCGGAUCUCUUCUGCAUUGAUAUUCUCUAGCUGACAACUGAGAAUCAACAUACGAUUCACACCAGCCCUCUGGGAUGGAGGGCACAGGCAGUGGCUGGACAGCCGAGCCCACCCCCCCAUAUGUGAUGCAUGAUGUGAAUGGAAAUGACACUGGUCAGGUCUUUGAGGUGGCACUGCACAACAGUUCCUCCAAGCGCAGCCCUCAGUUUGUGGGUGUGGAGCUGCUACAGUCCUUCAAGUUGCUCAUCAUUCCCUGCUACACUCUGGUGGCUCUGGUGGGCGUGUUUGGCAACUACCUGCUCCUCUAUGUCAUUUGCCGCACUCGCAAGAUGCACAACGUCACCAACUUUUUCAUCGGAAACCUGGCAUUCUCUGAUAUGCUGAUGUGUGCUACAUGUGUCCCCUUCACACUGGCCUACGCCUUCAACCCACAUGGCUGGGUGUUUGGGCGUUUCAUGUGCUACCUGGUGUACCUCAUCCAGCCUGUGACGGUGUACGUGUCAGUCUUCACUCUCACUGCCAUCGGUGUGGACAGAUACUAUGCCACAGUUCACCCUCUGAAAAAGCGCAUCUCAGUCUUAGCGUGCACUUACCUUCUGUCUGGGAUCUGGCUGCUGUCCUGUGGUCUGGUGGCUCCAGCUGUGGCUCACACCUACCAUGUGGAGUUUAAGAAUGAGGGCUUCACCAUCUGCGAGGAGUUCUGGAUGGGCCAGGAGAGGGAGCGGCUGGCUUACGCGUACAGCACUCUCUUCAUCACCUACGUCCUGCCUCUCUCAGCGCUCUGCAUCUCUUAUCUGUGCAUCUCUGUCAAACUACGGAACUGUGUCGUACCUGGCCACCACACCCAGAGCCAGGCGGAGGCCCAGCGCAUGCGCAAACGCAAGACAUUCCGCCUAGUGAGCCUGGUAGUGGCAGCAUUUGGCAUCUGCUGGAUGCCCAUCAGUGUCUUCAACGUUCUGCGCGAUAUUGACAUUGACCUGAUUGAUAAGAGGUACUUUCUGCUCAUUCAGCUGCUCUGUCACCUGUGUGCAAUGAGCUCAUCCUGCUGUAACCCCUUCCUCUACGCCUGGCUGCACGACCGCUUCCGUGCUGAGCUUCGCAAAAUGUUCACAUGCCGCCGUCGCAUUGGCAUCUCAGCCAAUAACUGUGCUACAGCCAGUGUGGUUUUGUGAAGUUCCUGUGUUUUAGGCUACUGUUGGUUAGUCUUUGCUUCUUUGGACGGUAGAGUAAACUCAUCUCGUUCUGGUAACAUACAGCUAAACUAACAGAAUUAGACAGGUAGGAUUCUCUAGUCUGUAUAGUGCUCUAGCUGUAACUUGAGGCAGCCACAUUGUAGUUUGCUUUGUUGUUUACCGAAAUGCUAAUUAAAAAUAAAAGGCA